AGUAACCAUGGGUUACCGAAGGACGCUAACCACCAACUUAGCGCGCACACACACACACACACACAUUUCUGUGUAUUUCCUUUUAGGUUUAGUGUAUGUGUGGAGGAAAGCGUCGCAGUUCCUCUUUCUAAUUUUUACUUUCUUACUUGAAGAAAGAUCACUGCAAAAUGUAUGUUGAACUGUUGAGAAAUAUGUCUAUCUAACUGACAGCAGUAGAAUUAUUUGAAAAUAUAAUACCUAUAUAUCACUACAUUUAGUUCAAAACUCAUUUUUACGAAUGCAAAUGUAUAUAUGAAUCUACGAAUACAUAUAUAAUAUCGAUAUAUUUACAUAUAGAAAUAAACGUACAUGAAUAUCUAUUAAGCAAGAAGUGGCAAAGAAAUAAACGAUGCCAACAGAUGAAAGAUUCGCCACGAAGGAUUUAAUAGAUGUUGGAGCUCUUUCUACACAUCGCAUCCAACCGAAAAUGUCACGAUUCAAGGCACAUUCCAGUAUCGGAGUGAAGCCAAAUAUUUUUGGCAAGUUCAACAUUGUUACCGUACCAAGUACUAAUAUCUCAAAUUGCAAGAAAACAUAUUCGAAUUUCUUCAGAAGUUCAGUGACUGAUGAACCAUUUUCUCAGAAGAUAAAACUUGUGAACAGACGUGAAAAGAAUUUCGAAAAGCGUUCGUCAAUAGUUAAACAGCCAAAGACUUAUGAAACAUGUAUGGAUAAUGUACGGAGAGAUAAUGUCUCAAAACAACAGAAGAAGAUAAAACACGAACUAAGACGAGAGAAAUUGCAUCAUAAACAAAAAGAUGAAGAAACGAAAAAUAAACAUCAAGAGACUUUGGGAAAUACUUGGAGAGAUACUAUCUUUAAACAAAAGAAGAUGAAACAUGAAUUAAGACGGGAGAAGUUACUUCAAAAACAAAAAGAUGAAGAAAUGAAAAAUAAACAACGCCAUGAGAUAUAUGCUCUCAACAAUCUAAUGAAGAAACUAGAACACACCCACUUUAAGCAGUUCUGCGACUCAGUCGGUAUCAAGCAUAGAGAUAAUACUGAAACAAAUACAGCCACAUUUAACGAAUCAAUUCUUUCACAAAAUCUUAUUAUAUGAGAACAAUAAUUUUUUUCAAAGAAAAGAAUACCUUUUUAACAUUGACUAUUA